GUUAUACCCUACUUUUGCCUUCCUUCGGUACGGGCCCGUCGGCACCUAAGUGACCUAACAUCUAACAUUGAAUUUGAUCGCCUUGUGUCACUCGUUUCAAUCAGCUGGUAUUUUCUAUCUGCCCUGUAUCACGUCAAAAUGUCUCUCAACAUUAAAGUGAAGACAAUCACUGGGUAGUUACAUGUAUUUCGUUUCGUGUCGUAUGCGCAAUACCGCAGACCCUCUGUGUCAGUUUGUCUAAGCCCCCGCUGGGUCAAAGUCUCUGCGCGAAUAAAUCUCCGUGCCUCUUAAUUAUUAUUCACUGUUAUUCUGUUAUUCUGUUAUUCUCAUAUAUAUCCAAGGGAGGUACCUCGGUAUUUAUAUAUUUUCCCGCGUCUGCCCUAUUUAGUCCAAUGUACCCAGGGUAAUUCGUGAGUCCCUGAAAAUCCUAUCGGCUGACAGGGUGGCCUGAUGGAUGGUAGGCCCAGGUACUCCUUCUGCCUAACCUAGAAUACUAGAUCAACCACAUGGCAGUUGACUCUUAUUGGAAUACAUCGGAUACAUAAUACCUACAUACAUACCUAUCUAUCAAGAUCAUAUACACACCUUUCCCACCAUUGCUACCCUCCCUUUUCCUUCCUUCCCGGGUUGGCAUGUCGAAUCUACAUCGACGUAUUCCUCCCUCGGUCAAUAUGGAAGACAACGUCACCAGCCAGGAGCCGUUACUUGGGCGGGAAUCGAGUAGCGACGAUGGAAAUCUUGUGCGGAGAGAUUCGUAUGGAUCUACCUCUACCAAGGACGACGCGGUAGAUUCCACCAACUCUGAAGAUGAAGAAGCCAACAUUGGUCAAGAUGGCAUCAAACAAGCCGACGCUAUCAACCAAGUUUGGUCGAGAACUGCGCUGAUAUGGGCAUACUCUUUCAUUUUCUUAUGCUCGUUCGCGAAUACGCUGCAAUGGCAGAUUAUGUCAAACCUCCAACCCUAUGUCGUCAGCGAAUUCAGAUCGCACUCUCUAAUUCCUACUAUCGGGAUAGUAGCGUCCAUAAUGAGUGGCAUUUUAAAGCUUCCAAUAGCCAAGAUGAUCGAUUCCUGGGGCCGCCCGCAGGGUCUUGCGUCUAUGAUCGCGCUUACGACCGUUGGUCUCGUGCUAAUGGCCGCUUGCCAGGAUGUCCAGACUUAUGCGGCCGCCGAAGUCAUCUAUCAAGUCGGUAUCAGCGGUUUCACUUACAUCCUCGAUAUCAUCAUCGCAGACACGUCGUCGUUGAAGGAUCGAGUUCUCGCGUUUGCGUUCAACUCGUCGCCCACCCUCAUUACCACGUUCAUCGGCCCAAUAGUAGCCACCCGCUUUCUCGAAGACAGUUCUUGGAGAUGGGCAUUCGCGUUCUCUGCGGCGUUGUUCAUGGUACUUUCAGUGCCCAUACUUACCAUCCUAGCCGUCAAUGCCCGCAAGGCGAGAUUAUUAGGCAUUCUUCGUAAAUCUGCCAGGAGUAGCCCAUGGACCAUAGGGAAAUUUCGCCAAGCCUUGAUUGACCAUGACGCGCUGGGCAUGUUUUUUGCCGCAGCGGGUUUGACUUUGAUUUUGGUGCCGUUUUCCUUAAAGGGUGCCUCGGUUAAUAAUUGGAUCGCCAUCACCCCCAUUUUUGGGGUGUUCUUCAUUGUCGCGUUUGGUGUUCACGAGCGGACGGCCAAGCGACCCUUUAUACGAUUCUCACUCCUAUGCUCGCGCAACGUCGCGGGAGCUUGCUUGUUGUCCGUCACCAUCUUUAUAGCCUACUUCGCAUGGGAUGGUUACUACACGUCGUAUCUGCAGGUUGUACAUAACUUGACUGUCACCCAGGCAGGCUACAUUGGCCACAUCUACGGCCUGGGCUCUUGCAUCUGGUCGGUAGUCGUGGGGUACCUAAUCCGACGGACAGAUCGGUUUAAGUGGCUCGCAUUGACUGCCUUGCCAGUUCACAUAAUUGGCGGGGCUUUGAUGCUGAUCUUUCGCAAACCGGACACGAACAUUGCCUGGGUUCUCAUGUGCCAGAUCCUUAUCACUAUCGGUGGUAGCACGCUCGUGUUGUGCGACCAGAUGGCGGUGAUGUCUGUUGCGAAACACACAGAGCUAGCCUCUGUCGUGGCUCUCUUGGGACUUUCUUACUAUGUUGGAUCAGCUAUCGGCAAUUCGUUGAGUGGCGCGAUAUGGAACAGUACGCUUCCACAAGAGCUGACCAGGCUCUUGCCUGACCUCUCUCCCGAUGAGCUGGAUCUUAUCGGGUCGGAUCUAAAGAAGCAGCUAAGCUAUCCCGUGGGUAGCGUGGUGCGCAACGCCAUCAUUGCCGCAUACGGCAAGGCCCAAGCCCGCAUGUGCAUUACGGGCACUCUCAUAUCCCUAUUUGAGAUCGUUGCAGUGUGCAUAUGGAGAGACGUCAGAGUCAGCCAGUCCCAGCAGGUCAAGGGGACUGUGCUAUGAUUUAUGAUAUAUUAGAUGGUGUGUUUGAUUUGAUUGGUUGGGUAACGGCAACCUACAUAAUGCCUACCACAUAACUAGACUUUGGAGAUUUACAUAGUAAAGCGACGUCGCAUGGAUGCAUACCCAGGUAUUGUAUUGUACAUGUUAAAUACAUCAUAGGGCAUUUACAUACUAUACAUAAGACAUUUGGAA